UCAUGGACUCAACUUCCAACUACCUUAACACACUUAGCAUUUGGAGCAAAGUUCAAUGAGCAAAUGGAAAAUAUACGACUCCCUGACUCAUUAUUAGCGCUAGAAUUUGGAACAGACUUCAAUAAACCCUUGGCUGCAGGUGUCCUACCAUCAAAGCUUAUUGAGCUUACAUUUGGGAAUCACUUCAAUCAACAUCUGCCCCCUGGAGUCCUUCCGAGCUCACUCAACUCUCUAAUAUUUGGAUCAGAGUUUGACCAACCCCUACGAUUCGGCAUGCCAAUGAAACAUACAAUCCACUCAUCAUCACAGCCAAUGAUCACUCGAUACAAUCAUCCAUUCACUCCUGGAAUCAUCCCCCACUCACUCAAUCAUCUAACACUAAGCUUCUACUAUGAUCAACCUAUACUGCCUGGUGUGCUGCCCUCCAGCCUCACCUAUCUCUGCUUUGGAAACAACUUCAAACAACCUUUAAUCAAAGGUGUGUUACCAAGGUCUCUAACAGAGUUGAAGUUGGGAUCAGAGUUCAAUCACAGACUUGAGCCGGGUGUACUGCCGCACUCAAUCACUCAUCUCACUCUUGGCUACCAUUUCAAUCAAAGGCUGAUCCCAGGUUCAUUGCCAACAUGUCUGAUCAUGCUCACUUGUGGCUCAUUCUUCAAUCAAUCAAUCGAUCCAGGUACACUGCCCAGCGGUCUGAAGGAGUUGGUGUUUGGCCUGCGCUACAACCAACCCAUCCCGCCAGGUGUUCUGUCCGAGUCACUUCUUUCGCUGUCCUUUGGCGUUGACUUUAAUUGUCAGUUGGAGGUCGGUUCUUUGCCGCCACGAUUGUCACGCCUGACCUUUGGUCUGGAGUUUGACCAAACAUUUGUUCCAGGUGUGCUGCCCACAUCGCUGACUAAGUUGUCGUUCGGCUCGAUGUUCAACCAGCCACUUGUCCCUGGUGCACUGCCCAACGGGCUCCUUGACAUCAUGUUUGGGAAGGACUUCAACCAGACUCUAAGCCCAGGUGUGCUGCCAAACAAGUUGGAGGCAUUGUUGUUUGGUGUCAACUUUGACCAACCAUUGGUGGCCAAUGCCCUACCUUCAUCACUGCUCAGACUAAAGUUUGGCGACAAGUUCAACCAACCAUUGCCAGCAGGAGUGUUGCCAGAGUGCUUGAGAUCAGUCAGACUGGGUCCAAGCUUCAAUCAAGAUGCAUCCAAAGUUGUGUUGCCUGCCAGUGUAAACCUGUUGGCGCUGGUUGACCUGUCGCGCCAGGGCAAGUACCUCGCCAACAUAUCGAGCAAGUCGAUCAAGGUAGUCAGUGCUGACCGUGUCACAGACUUUGUCGACAGUGCCACCAGUACAAUCUUCAAAGCAUCUGUCGACGGAGGCGAUGAUGAUGCCGGGGUACAUGUGGACCACCUUGUCCUAACGUACAACACCAAAGAUCUCUACGACUACCAGGGUCUGGUGGGCAAGUGUGCCAACAACUUUGGCACCAUUACAUUUGUCGAUGUAAACACAAGACUACCAAGACUCUAUCAGAUAAGGUCAUUGAAUGAUUCAAGUCAUCAACCAGACUUAAUGCUAUGUGUAUGUUUCAAUCGAGGAUUCACCAACAUCAACUGUAACGUCCAACAAGAUAUUCGCUACACAUUCUUCAAAGCAUCUACAUUUGCCAAGUCUGAUCUAAUAUCAUUCAAUUCCUUU